GUCUGUGGACCUCAAGGAUAACAAUUCUGUCCUUUUGAUUGGCUGUGCCAUUACUGCAAGAUUCUAAAGCCUCUGGUUUUGACAAGGACUAUGAAGCUGCUUUGCUGUGCUGUGCUCUGCUCUGCUGGCUUCGCACAGCUUUCUCUACUUUCCCUCUUGGUCUGGUUCAGAAGGGCUGGUUGCUAGUUGGUUAGUGGAGGGUUGUGUGUCCUGUUUCCAAGAAGAUUUUUUUUCUUAAAGAAAGUUGUAAUGCUCUUCUUCACCCAGUGUUUUGGUAUCUUCACGGACCUCAUACACCUCAGGUUUCAGCACACCUUCAAACAUAGGGGGGCUUUCUCAGCUGCUGGAAAACAUGUGUGUGUUGUGACCCCGGCCAAUCCCCUCAGGGAUGCAUCAGCCAGGAGUGGUCGCUACAGUUCUAGUUCCAGUGCGGGUCACACUGAGAACAGAGCCUCUCAUCCCUGCGAUGCAGGAGUAGCCAGCCCCUGCCCCUGCUCCUGCCCUCUGCUCUCCUGUGGGUGGCAGGGGGACCUGGAGGUGGUGGCGCUCCACCUCAAAGACACACACAGGGCCUCCACCCUCCAGGGACAGCGCAUCAUGUUCCUGGCAUCAGACGUCCACCUCCCGGAUGCAGAGGACUGGGUGACGGUGCAGUCCUGCCUGGGGCAGCAGUUCCUGCUGGUGCUCAAGAAGCAGGAGCGGCGACAGGGACACCAGCAGUAUUUUGCUGCCGUCAUGCUGCUGGGGCCCAGUAGGGUGGCUGAAAUGUUCACCUACAGGCUGGAGUUGAGCAGCGAACGCAGGCGACUGAGCUGGGAGUCUGCUGUGAGAUCCUUCUCCGAGGGGCUCAGCACUGUGAUCGCAGAGAGUGACUGCCUAGUGCUCAAUGCCUCUCUUGCUCACCUCUUCUCAGACAAAGGGAAACUGGGGAUCCAUAUUUCAAUAUCUGCUGACAAACAUAACACAUCUUUUACACUUUAACCAAAAAACUACAGGCAGUAUGGAUCUAUAUGCUAAUCCUUUACCUGGUACUGAAAUGUUGAAGAUGGAAAGCUGGGGUUGUGACUUGUCAGCAGGCUUCAGAGUCAAUCCAUACCUUGCUUUCAAAGUGUUAAAACCUGAAGAGAAAAAAACACUGCCCCUGUGAGAUUGACAAAUGUUGCAUAACUUAGCACCGCAUUGAAUAACUCUUCAGUUACAUUCAGUCCUGAAGAAUUAUGGGGAAAUCUUUCAAAAAUUAGGAAAAAGAAAGACUUGUUAUUUUUUUUUAAAUUUGUCAUUACAGUUAUAUCGUCAUCAAUUGCUUUACAUUGAAGAACUUAGAUUUGAUGUGAAAAAGGGGUGGUGUUUUUAGUGCUGCCAAUGAAAAAAAAAAUCACUGAAAAAGAAAGCUUCAUAAAAGCAGAAGCACUUAGGUUAAGUACAUCCAAGAGGAGGCGAACAGAAGCACUUCAGAUCAGAAACUAGCUACUAAAGGACAUUACCAAAGCACAUGCAGAUUGGGCAUUUUGUGUAAAUCUCCAUGUUAUUGCUGGUAUAAAAUGUAUCUCCUCCCUUAUUUUUAUCACAGAUCAUUUGCACAUUCAUUUAGCAGUUUCCCCAUGCUUUUCCCAUGGUUACACUGUGCAUUUACCAUAGGUUUACCAUGGUUUACCACAUUUUUUUUUUAAUAUGGUUGCUUUGUCAUUCCUGUGGUUUGUUAUACUAUGCUUUUACUAUGGCAAACUUGUACAGGGGCUAUUGGGGUCUAUUCAAUUCAUCUAAACAGUGGCUAAUUACAGCCAUAGAGAUUAUUCAAACUGAUACCAAUUUAUAAAAAUCAAACGUGUCAGAGUGCAUCUUUGGUGCUGUUUGGUAUAAUAUACCUAUUUGUUGAGUCAAAGUAUUUAGCGAAUUUAGAUCAAAUAAAAUCACCCUACUCUGCAAGACCUACAUGUAUUGUUCCAUGUAUCAUACAAACAAGGAACAGAUUUUGAUUUUGGGUCUGCAAUAAGCUUUGCUUCUACUAUAACACAGAUGUGUUAAUAAAACAUAUGCACCUAAAAAAUGGAAGGUGUAGUUGAGAAGACUUCCCAUUGACAAGAAGGGGGAGGCUUAAACCCAACUACAGUAGCUGAAAAGCUGGGUACAAGCAGGACUCUAGUGGAAACAAAAUAUUACAACUCAGUCACGCUCUCUGUUGCAUGUAUCGCACCUCCAGAGUCAGUACCGAGCAUACAUGCAGCAGUCUGGCUCUAGGGGUAUCAUGUGCACUACUUUUAAAUGUGUGUCUUGUAUUGUAUAAAAGUAUUUUUUUAUAUAAUGAAAGGUCAAGCUUCUGUGAGGAUGUCUAUGAUGUACUUCUGGACUGCACUUUGGUCUAUUCUGUUCAUUUUCUUUCCCGUUGUUCACAGAGCAAACUACUUACUAGCUCAAUACAAUGAGAAAAUUAAGAUGAAAUAAAGUAAAUCUGAUUUCAGACUUGUAAGAGAAAUGGGAUUCAGAGGUGUAAGUACAUGUUUUUCCUGCCCAGUGAACACAAAUGGACUGUGCAGCUGACCUUAGUAAAAUGUGAUGGGACUGAGAGACGGCGUGCCAGCCAAAUAGUUUUCUGUUAAGUUGCUCUUGGCAAUGUAGAGAUUUGGAUUAUGUUUUACAUUUAUUUUCUCCUUAUGACAAGCCAUCUGUAAAACAGGAUCCACAGCAGUGAAGUCCACUGUGAACAAUGACUGUGACAGAAAUACAGAGCCAAUGAGAAUGUUUUUAAAUUCCUAUGAACUGUGAAUGUUUUACCCCUAAGACUGUCUGUAAUAAAUGUUUAAAACCCUUUGCUGAUAUAAAUGUUUUUGAUGUUUUUUGAUAAAGUGUUGCAACGAUUAACAUUUCUUAAGAAAUAAUUAACAUAUCUAUCUAUGGAAACGGUUUAUCAAAAAUGUAUCUAUGUGUUAUAUAAUGUGUUAUAAAUGGUUUUUUUUUUUUUAAUAUAAUAUUAGACAGUUAUUAAUAAUAUAGUGUUAUAAGAACAUGUAACUAAGAAACCUUUAUAACAUAAUCGUGUUUACACUCGUAAGGUAUCAUUAAAAUGUUAUUGUAAUAAACUCCUUGUUAAUAAUCAUCAGAAUCUUUAAUAAAACAUGUAUAGAUGUUUUAUAUAAAUGGAUCCCUAAAGUACUAUAAAUCAAGUAUGAGGAAUCAACCAAUCAUCAUUCGUCAAAAUUCCUGUACAUCUCAUUCUGUGUAUAGAUCUCAUCCUGUACACAGUUCUCUAAUUAAAAAAACAAGACCAGUUUUUUAAUGUUAAAUAAUAGCUUCUGAGCACAUUGUUUUUUGUGAUUUCUAAUACGUUAGUAUAUCGUGUGUUGAAUGUCUCUUAUAACAGAAAUCAUUAUGUACAGUUUGAGCAUCUUCACUUGGCAGUCUUUUCAUACAAACUGCAUGAGUCUCUUACAAUAAAAAGUCACAUGACACUACACACGGCAUAAUAACUUAUAAAGUGUGACCCUCUCGGGUUGGUAAGAUAAAUGUUUUUUCAGUUUCAUACUGUAACUGUGGGCCCAAAACUCCAUGUUAACAUCCUGACAGCUUUUUACACUUAUAACUUUAAAGUCUGUUUCAAAGCUCUUUUCAAAAUGGCCGCUGUAGUGCACUGAUAGUGUAAGGAUUAUUGCCCACAUUGUGAAACAGGUAAAACCGCAAUCAUGAUCCAUGAUGUGGUGCGGAAUAGAAAAGCCAGAGCACUUGUUGUUAUGUUUUUUUUUUUUUUUUUA